UAAUAAGUGUAGCUACAAAAAUCAUAAAUCACGUCGAAGAGAAGAUGGGUAGACUAGUAGAGUAUAUACUGUUACUUCUAUCAGUUGUACUAGUAGUAUCUACAUUGACUGGAUCUACUAACAAUUACUACAAUGGACCUACUGGUAAUAAAGGAUUCACAGAUUGUCCUGUUACUACCAAAUUUGGUAAACUCACUAAUGAAUCAUUAACUCCAAAUCCACUGACACGAGGUGAAGAAUUCUAUUGGCAAGCACAGGUACACAUAAAGGAAACCUUAACAUGGGGUGAACUGCAUUUCUUACUGGCUCAUGCUUUCAAGAAUUAUAUCAAUAUUACAUUUAUUGAUGUGAAAUUGAACUUAUGUGACUUCUUUUACGACUUAGCUAAAAAGCACUGUCCAAUACAACCAGGAAUAUAUCAUAUACAUUAUAUUGCUAAAAUACCAAAGCUACUUUGGACUGGUCAGUAUCAUGUUAAAGCUACAGCUCACAAUGAGAAAGAUGACGAGUUGUUUUGUGAAAUCAAAGAAAUUUUUGUCAACUAAAUUGAAGCUGCAAACUUCUUAUCAAUUAUGUUACUACAAUUCAGAAUUAAAAAUAGCAAACAAAUGAUACAGAGUUAAUAUGAAACUAAUAAAUGUCAAUAUAAUUUAAUUUCUUGUA